UUGUAUCUUCUAAACAAAGGGUGGAUGCAAAUGGUUUCCUUAUCCAUACAACAAAGCAGAGAAAAUACCAACAAAAGUGCCUAACCCCUAUUAUUCUUCACCUGAUUCAGAGCAAAAAUGGCUGAAGCUAUCAAGUGCUUCUUUAUGACUAAGCUCCAUCCUCAAUGCUCUCCCCAUCCCACCCAAUCCCACAUCCCCUCGUCUCCCAAAUUGCUUGGGCAAUAUUCAAGCAACAAACUUUUCAGUGGCUGGAACCAAGUAUAUACAAGUUGCUAGCUUCCUUUUUAACUCUGUUCACUGUGAUUCUCUCUAUUUUCAAAAAUGAAUGUUUUGUGAAUUUGCGGUCUAAUAGAAUGAUGAUAGCAGUAGGAGCAAAAGGGCAUCUUUGAUUAGAGUGAAUGCUCUUCCUAAUUGGUCUCUGACGGCUGUUUUUGUUCAUCAAGUUCAACAACUGGAUGCAUAAAGAGAAAUUAUAACCAACAAAUCUAUCUGGCAUCUCAGUGAUACAGCCAUAAAGAAUGUUUGAAAGUCACUUCAAAUAGUUUUUUUUUAUGAUCCAUACUAUGAUUCUGAAGCAUACAGGAAAGAUGGAGGAGAUGGCACUGGGCACUGGUUUUAUGAGAAGGUAAUAUUUUCUAUUUCAUUGCUUCAAUUCCAGAAGAGUUGUCAUUCAUUACAAAAGAGAGAACAUAAAAAUUGACACUGAUGAGCAAUAGUGUAGUGCUUCAAGAAAUUUGAAAGUGUUUGACAGGUGUUGAAAAUUGAUUUUGUUAGGGUAAAAUAAAAUGUCUGAAAUGCUCUAACUAGAGAUAAAGCCUUGUAUCGUUUGCUGCAAUGGUCUUAUGCCAGUCACUGUUUUGUUCAACUAUAACAAAUUGAUAGUUGUAUUGGUCAAAACAGAGAAUUGAUAGUUGUACAUAAUGGUAUGGUCAUUGUAAGUUUAACUAAGAACCAUGACAAUGCAGCAAGAAGACAUUGAGGAGAAUGCAAGGGCACAACUGCGACGUGAGGAGCUGAUUGAGGAGAUUGAGGAGAAGGUAGGAAGGCUCCGAGAACUUGAGGAAGCCAGCUGGAAGUAGAAACUUAUUCAAUCAAAUGCAUAUAUAUGCACUUUACUCAAACAUCACUGUAUAUAGUUCUUCAGCCUAGCUUCCAUAUGGCAGGGAAAAACGAAGCUAAGAAAAUAUUUUACAGCAAAUUAUGUUACACGUUUUUAUUCUUUUUUUCCCAAUAUUUUACAUGCUUUAAAUGAACAUUUUUUCAAAUA